AUGCCAUGCAAAAAGGUCCUUAUCAUCCUGAGCGAUGCAAACUCAUUUCCUAUGAAGAAAACCUCCGGGCCCAACGCCGGCCAAACAGUGGACCAGCCCUCGGGGUUCUUCCUCCAAGAAUUAGCCAAGCCGCUCCAAAAACUUCUCGAUAAAGGCCAUGAGGUGACAUUUGCCUCUCCUAAAGGCAAAGAACCGUCUCCAGACCCAAAUAGUCUGAACCUAAUGGCAUACGCGGGAAACUUCUACGAACGUCAGCGCGAGAAUGAACUUAUGGAGCGCAUGAAAGCUGAAAAUGGUUUCAGCCGUCCACGAACGUUUAGCUCCAUCAGUGACGAUGAGUUGUCAACCUUCGCCGGAGUCUUCAUUCCGGGGGGACAUGCUCCCCUCGCCGAUCUCGGUGACGACGCAGAGCUGGGGCGUAUUCUGCGGUAUUUUCAUAAGGAGAAUAAGCCCACUGCGGCGAUCUGUCAUGGUCCAUAUGCACUGCUGAGUACGAAGAAAGCCGGGGACGGAUCGUUUGUGUAUGAGGGGUACAAGAUUACCUCGUGGAGUGAUGCGGAGGAGAAGAUGAUGGAGACUUUGUUCGGUGGGGAAAUCGAAAAAGUCGAGUCGUCGUUGAAGAAGGAAGGCGCCGUCAUGGUUGAAGGCGCGCCUGAGAAGCUUGGUGGAACUACUCUGGAUCGGGAGUUGGUCACUGGAGGAAAUCCUUUAGCAGCAAAUGCUUUGGGUGAUCGAUUUGUCAGAAUGAUUAGUGUAUAA